ACGACUCGCAAUGUGCAAAGCUAAUUUUAGCGCAGUAGCAGUAACCAAAUGAAGGCAAGUGUGAGGGUUUAGGUUUAGGUUUAGGUUUAGGUUUAGGUGAGUGACAAAGACAGGCUAAGAAGUGAAGGAAGGAGUAAGGAAAAGAGUGAAAGGAAGAGAAAUGUUGUACAUAAUCGGUUUGGGAUUGGGCGAUGAGCGAGAUAUCAGUGUUAGAGGUUUGGAAGCUGUGAAGAACUGCGUCAAGGUUUACAUGGAAGCCUACACUUCACUCCUCUCCUUUGGUCUCUCCACCAAUGGACUCUCCAACCUGGAAAAACUAUACGGUAAACCCAUUACUCUUGCCGACAGAGAAAUGGUUGAGGAAAAAGCCCAUCAAAUUCUAUCCGAAGCUAGUGAUGCCCAUGUCGCUUUCCUCGUUGUUGGGGACCCUUUUGGGGCUACAACUCACACUGACCUUGUUGUUCGAGCAAAGAAGAUGGGAAUUGAUGUCAAAAUAAUACACAACGCAUCUGUGAUGAAUGCAGUUGGAAUUUGUGGUCUGCAGCUUUAUCGGUAUGGGGAGACUGUUUCUAUACCCUUCUUUACAGAGACAUGGAGACCUGAUAGCUUCUAUGAAAAGAUUCAAAGAAAUCGAAUGAUGGGACUGCACACACUUUGCUUGUUAGAUAUUCGGGUGAAGGAGCCCUCACUGGAAUCUUUGUGCAGAGGAAGAAAAACCUAUGAACCACCCAGAUAUAUGACCAUAAACACAGCCAUUGAGCAGCUCUUGGAGAUUGAGCAAACACGUAAAGAAUCUGCCUACACUGAAGAUACCCAGUGUGUUGGGUUUGCUCGGCUUGGAAGUGAAGAUCAGAUGAUAGUAGCUGGAACAAUGAGGCAGUUGCAGUUGAUUGAUUUUGGAGCACCUUUGCAUUGCCUUGUCAUAACAGGUCAGACCCAUCCGUUGGAGGAGGAAAUGCUGGAUUUUUACAGAUGCAGGACGUAGUUACAUCAUUAAGAUAGCAGGACCAUUUUAAUUCAACAAAGAAAUUGUUUGUUUGUGGUGAAGGUGCCCUUAUAUGUUGUAUUUUUUAAAACUUUUUGGUUGCCAAUCAGAGCCAAAAGUAUCUUAAUUUCAUUAGUGGCUUAGGCAUUAUGGAGCAGUCGGGUUUUAAUUUCCUGAUGCUAUUACUGAACGAACAUAACAAACAUUCGUUUUCUUAUUUUAAAAUAAUUUCUUUUCUCUGUUUUGUUUAAUUCUAUUAUGAGCUAAUUUGCUCUAUAAGUUAGGUGAUAAAGUACCUAUGCUGUAACAUUGAGAUGUA